AUUGUAAUCUUCUUCCAAAUUACUUUCCAGUUUCCAAUAAUGGAGCCUAAAUACUUUUUGUUCUUCAUUGUUGUUAAGAUGCAGGGUCAGGGAAUUAGGUGCUUCAAACUAUUUCAUGCUUCAAUAUUUGUGGCGCUAAUUGUGCUACAAUAUUGCAUCAUUUCCCAAUCCCUUGAAUUCAAUAAUAUUUCUUCAGGAGUAGUUGGCCACAGGGAUUUUGUUAAGGUGCCGAAGGUGAUCAGGUGCAUAGAGAGGGAAAGAGAAGCACUCCUUGCUUUUAAACAGGGCCUUGCAGAUGACUACAAUCUCCUCUCUUCGUGGGGAAGAGAAGUCCACAAGCAAGACUGUUGCAAAUGGGUAGGUGUCCACUGCAGCAACCGAAACAACCAUGUUACUCAACUUAAUCUUGGAAGGGAUCGUUUGGAUCAAGCUUACUCACUUCAACAGAAAGGACAGCAGGAGUAUAUGGGAUAUUAUUUGCAAGGUAAGAUGAUAAGUCCUAAACUGAUUGAGUUGCAGCAUUUGAAAUAUUUGGCCCUUUCUUCUGUGAACUUCAAUGGGACCAGACUUCCAGAUUUCAUUGGUUCUCUUUCCAAUUUAAGACACCUUGAUCUCUCUAAUGCCUUUUUUGGUAGUCGAUUUCCAAGUCAGGUUGGAAACCUUACCCACUUGCAAUAUCUCGAUAUCAGCAUCAAUUACUUUAACCAUGUAGAAAAUCUAAAUUCAUGGCUCCCUCAUCUUUCUUCUUUAGCAUAUUUGGACAUGAGUAACACCAAUCUCAGUAAUGUUCGUGACUGGCUAGAAGCAAUUAACAAGCUCCCUAAACUUACGAACCUGAAUUUACUGGGGUGUGGUCUUGCGUCUCCUGCAAUUCAUUUCAGUACUCUUUUUAAUGUAAAUUCUUCCAAAACUCUUGCUCAUGUUGAUCUCGGUUACAACCAACUCACUUCUCCUUCAAUUUUUUUAUGGUUGUCAAACUACAAUGUCAGCCUUGUUGAUCUUGCCCUCUCUUCCAACAGUUUAACUGGUUUAAUUCCCCAUGUUUUUGGAAACAUGAGCUCUCUUGUCCACCUAGAUCUCGGUGACAACCAAAUUGAAGUAGGGAUUCCACAAUCUUUUUCCAAGUUAUGUAAUCUGCAAGCAUUGUACCUUGACAACAAUAUUCUGAGUUUACAGCUGUCCUGGUUGGUUCAAAUAUUAAUGUCUACAUGCCCUGAUCAGAACUCAUUAGAGACUCUGUACCUGACAAACAAUCAUCUUUCUGGAUCAAUUCCGAAUCUCACAAACUUUUCAUUGUUGAAAGAAUUAGAUCUCUCUUUAAAUCAUGUAAGUGGAACAAUACCUGAAAGCGUUGGGCAUAUGUCUAAUCUGGAGGACAUGUGGUUGGGUAUGAAUGCUUUGGAAGGGAUAAUUACGGAAACCCACUUCUCCAAUCUCUCCAGAUUAAUAUCUUUGGAUCUGUCCUCAAACUCACUAGCUUUAAGCUUCAGUUCUAAUUGGGUUCCACUUUUUCAAUUGCAAUACAUUUCUCUGGGGUCUUGCAUGAUGGGUCCACAUUUUCCAAAAUGGCUUCAAACUCAGAAAAGUUAUUUGAGCCUUGAUAUUUCUAAUGCAGGAAUUUCUGAUAUCCUUCCAAAUUGGUUUUGGGGCAUGUCGCCUCAAGAUUAUAUAGAUCUCUCAAACAACCAAAUUCGAGGAAUAAUUUCAAAUCCAACAUUUGAUUUUUCAUCCUUCCCUCAAAAGGUGAAUUUGAGUUGGAACCAAUUGGAAGGUCCCAUUCCUACAUUUCUUUCCAAAGCAUCAUCUCUAGAUCUCUCCAACAAUAAAUUUUCAGGGUUGGUUUCAUUCUUGUUUCCAAAGACUCCAAUCAAGGCUAGUAAUUUAACCUUUCUUGAUCUCUCAAGCAACCAAUUAUCCGAAGAACUUCCCGAUUGUGGGAUGCAUUUUGGAAAUCUAGUCUUUCUUGAUUUGAGUAACAAUGCCCUGUCCGGGAAAAUUCAUACCAUAGUAGAUUCUUUGUAUUCUAUUCAAACACUAAAACUAAAUAACAAUAGGUUUGUGGGGAAAUUGCCUUCAUCCUUGAAGAACUGUACAAGACUCACAGUUUUUGAUGUUGGAGAAAAUGAACUAUCGGGUUUGCUACCUGAAUGGUUAGGAGUUGGACUUCUAAAUUUGGCUAUCCUUAUCCUCCGUUCCAAUCACUUCUAUGGAAGCAUUCCAUCACAAUUGUGCAAUAUGAGAAGCAUUCAAAUUCUGGAUCUCUCAAUGAAUAACAUCUCUGGAAGUAUACCCAAAUGCCUCAAUAGUUUAACUCUUUUGGCUCAAAAAGGAAGUUCAAGACUAAAUAUCACACAUGAGUAUCAGGGAGUCUAUAGGGGAAACUCGAGCGUUUUUUAUGAUUAUGCUGAUGAAGAAUCCUUGAUAUGGAAAGGAGUAAUGUCCAAAUUCAAAAGUACUCUGGGGCUUGUAAAGAGCAUUGAUCUGUCGAGCAACCGAUUAAUGGGGGAGAUUCCUAGUGAAAUCACUGAUCUUGGGGGGUUGGUUUCUUUAAACCUGUCGAGAAACAAUUUGACAGGUCAAAUAACUCCAAAGAUCGGGAAGUUGCAAUCACUAGACUCGCUUGAUCUAUCAAACAACCAAAUAUAUGGUAUGAUUCCAACAAGUCUCUUUCGAAUAUCAGGCCUUGGUAAGUUGGACUUGUCAAACAACAACCUGUCGGGAGAAAUUCCAAUGGGGACUCAGCUCCAAAACUAUGAACCUUCUGAUUUUGCUGGGAAUCCUCUGCUUUGUGGAAUUCCACUUCAACAAUUGUGCUCUACUGAGGAGCAACCAGUGUUCAGAGAUCAAGUUGAAGAGAAGGAUGGGCUUAUAACAUCAGGAUUUUACGUGAGUUUAGUACUUGGAUUUGUUGUUGGAUUUUGGGGAAUUUGUGGGAGUUUGAUAUUCAUCAGGUCAUGGAGAUACACAUAUUACAAGUUCUUGAACUAUGUCUAUGAUUGGCUUUAUGUGCGGGGCGGCUUUGAUCAGGCGACGAAGAAUGACUAUUGGGUAAAUUCUCGUGCAUCCACCGUUCGUAAGCCAUGCUCUCUUUCAGCUAGAGAAGGAGAUUGAAGACUGCAACUUGAAGUUCUUUUUUUGGUUGAUGUGAAUCAUAUGAUUUUUUUUUUUUUUUUUUCAAAUACGACAGUGCAAAUAAUGGAAUGAUAUUCAGUGAGAAAGCUAGGCCUAGUUUACGUUAAAGCUUCUUAAUUUUGUGGGAUUUUUGGUCUUGCAAAGAUCGAUGUUAUCUUUGAGUGGUUAGGUCUUCUUUAUCGAGAAAUUUUUAGUUGUAAUGGGAACAAGUGGUACACCACGUGUUUUAAUAAGAAUAGUGAGAUCUUUUAUUUUUUAAGUUAUUAAUUUUUUAGCACACAUAUCCCACAAUUUGUUUAGUAACAAAUGAUGUAGCAUCCUGUGUACCGGUCACACUAAAAAAAUCUCCUCUUUAUCCCCUUUUUAAUAGGGGUAAUGUUUA